AAGUUCUCUAUAACAUACACUUUGUGAUCUCUAUUAUUUUCUAUUUCUUCAAAGUUCAAAGUGAGCGCACACAAAGUUCUUUUGCGGCCAAUCGUUUUGAGCCUCUUUAUCUACUCGACCUGGACAACCUCAUCAGCACCCUCAAGUAUAUUUCCGAUGGCUUCUAUAAGCACUCAAAAAGACUCAUCCUUCUCAUCAUUUUCUUCUUCAACACCACAAUGGAAAUAUGAUGUCUUUCUCAGUUUUAGAGGUGAGGAUACCCGCAAUGGUUUUACAGACCAUCUAUAUGCUGCCUUGAAACAGAAGGGCAUUGUCACCUUUAGAGAUGAGGAAAAACUUGAGAGGGGUAAAUCCAUUUUACCAGAGCUCUUGAAAGCAAUAGAAAAAUCCAAGUUUGCAAUUGUCAUUCUUUCAAGAAAUUAUGCAUCUUCUACAUGGUGCUUGGAUGAACUUGCAAAAAUCAUUGAAUGCAUGAAAGAGAUAGGAACAACAGUUUGGCCAAUUUUUUAUGAUGUGGAUCCAUCUGAUGUUGCCCAAGCCUUUGCUACACAUGAGGAGCAUUUUAAGGAUCACAUAGAGAAGGUGCAAACCUGGAGAGCUACUUUAAAAGAAGUGGCCAAUCUUAAAGCAUGGCAUUUACAGGAUGGGUCUGAGUCAAAACUUAUCCAAAAUAUUGUGGGAGAGUUAUGGCAUAAAUUGAGUUAUGCGUUCUUAGAAGAUACUGAAGACCUUGUAGGAAUAGAAUCUCGAGUGAAGAAAUUGGAGUCAUAUUUGGCUAUAGAGUUUAACGAUAUUCGCAUUGUAGGGGUUUGGGGGAUGGGGGGAAUUGGUAAAACAACCCUUGCUAGAGUUUUUUCUCGUAUGGUUGCUAAGAAAUAUGAAGGCUAUUGUUUUCUUGCUAAUGUUAGGGAGGUUUGUAAAAAAGAUGGUUUAGUUCCAUUACAACAACAGCUUAUUAGUCAAAUUUUAAAUGAAAGUAUGAAUAUACAAAAUGUUGAUGAUGGGGUUUUUGUGAUCAAGAAUCGAUUACGUCAUAAAAGAAUUCUUCUUGUUCUUGACGAUGUAAAUCAAUUAGACCAGUUAAAAAAGUUGGCUGGGGAGCAUAAAUGGUUUGGUUUAGGUAGUAGAAUUAUCAUAACAACAAGGGAUAAACAUUUACUACAUAUACUUGGAGUAGAUGAAAUAUACGAAGCUGAAGGAUUGAAUGAUGAUGAAGCUCUUCAUCUUUUGAGUUUGAAAGCUUUUCAUAAAGUCCAUCCUCCCAAAGAUUAUCUAGAGUUGUCUAAAGAUGUUGUAAAAUAUACUAAAGGUCUUCCUCUGGCUGUUGAGAUCUUAGGUUCCUUUUUGUUUGGUAGAAGCAUUAAUCAAUGGAAAAGUACAUUAAAUAGGCUUAUAGAAUAUCCAGAACGUGAAAUUCUCCAAACACUUAAAAUAAGUUAUGAUGGAUUACAUGAAACAGAGAAAAAAAUAUUCCUAUAUAUUGCAUGUUUCUUUAAUCAUGAGGACAAAUAUCGUGUAGUAGAAAAACUAGAUUAUCUUGGUCUUUACCCUGAUGUUGGAUUAGGGGUUCUCGUUGACAAAUCUCUCAUAAAGAUGACUAUCAUUGAAGUGUGGAUGCAUGAUUUACUACAAGAAAUGGGCAGGAAAAUAGUUCAUGAAGAGAGCCUUGAAGAUCCUGGAAGGCGUAGCAAUCUAUGGUCAUUUGAGGAUGUUAACAAUGUUCUAACAAAAAAUACGGGAACAGGAGCAGUUCAAGCCAUAGUCCUAAAGCGGCCUGAAUUGAAAGCGGCAAAUUGGAAUCCUGAAUCUUUUUCAAAGAUGCAUCAGCUUAAAUUGCUCAUAAUUAAGAACGUUCAACUUGUCCAUGAAAACAAACAUCUUCCUAAUGGCUUAAGAUUUCUUGAUUGGAGUGGAUACCCUUCAAAAUCUUUGCCAUUAAAUUUCCAAUCAAACGAUCUGUUUGAACUUUACAUGUGCAGUAGCUACAUCGAACGACUUUGGAAAGGAGCAAAGUCUUUUGAGAGGUUGAAAGUCAUCCAAAUGAACGAGUCUUCAAAUCUUAUAGAAACCCCUGAUUUCACCAAAGUUCCGAAUCUUGAGAUAUUGCUCCUAGAAGAUUGUAUAAAUUUAACGAGGGUGCAUCCAUCAAUUGGAGUUCGUAAAAAGCUUACUCUUCUCAAUUUAAAAGGCUGCAAAAACCUAAAAACUCUUCCGAACAAGUUUGAAAUUGAGUCUCUGAAGGUUCUUAUUCUUUCUGGUUGCUUAAAAGUACGGAAAAUCCCAGAAUUCGAAGAAAAUAUGCAAUGUGUGUUGAGGCUUUACUUGGAUGAAACUGCUAUUACUAAACUACCAACAUCAAUUGGGCAUUUAACUGGCCUUGUUUUAUUGGAUGUAAAAAAUUGCAAAAGUCUUACGUGUCUGCCAAACACCAUUUUUAAUUUGAAAUUUCUUAAAGAUGUGAAUAUUUUUGGAUGCACAAAAUUGGGGAGACUGCCAGAGAAUUUGGGGAAUGCAGAAAGUAUAGAGAAGCUUGAUCUGAGUGAAACUGCCAUAAGACAGUUGCCUUCUUCCAUUAGUCUCCUAAAAAAUCUUAAAGUGCUAUCUUUCUCUGGAUGUAAGGGGUUGUCAUCAUCUAAUAAUUCAUGGUAUGAGCUCCUCCCUUUUUAUUUUAUGCCAAGAAGUCCAGAUCCUGGGGGAUUGUCCUCUCUAUCAAGUUUGUGUUCUUUGACCAAUUUGGAACUUAUAGGCUGCAAUCUCAAGACAAUCCCCAUUGGUAUUGGUAAUUUAUUCUGUUUAGACAAAAUGGAUCUAAGUGAAAAUAGUUUUGUUUGCCUUCCUGAAAGCAUCGAUCAACUACGUAAGUUGAGAAUAUUUUGGUUCUCAGAUUGCACAAGUCUUCGAUCAUUGCCAAAGUUUCCAUCAAAUAUUGUUUCUAUUAGGGGAUAUGAUUGUACCUCACUAGAAACGGUACCAGAUUUACUAAAACCUAGUUCUUUAUGUGAGGCAGAGCUUGUUCUUUCAAAUUGCAGUAGACUGGCUAACAAUCAAGGUGUAAUUGACAUGUUUUUUGCAGUGAUAAGAAAGCAACUUCAGGGACUUUCUCUUGACGGUAGAUAUAGCUUACAAGAUUUUAAUUGGGUAUAUGAAAUCCUUAUUCCUGGAAGUGUAAUUCCGAAGUGGUUUAGCCAUCAAAGUAUGGGGGUUGAAGUGACUAUAACAAUACCUUCUUCUUAUUUGUUUGACGAGUUGAUGGGAAUUGCUGUUUGCGUUGUAUUUUGUUCACUUCCACAUCACCAAAUUGAUGAGAAAAGUAUACUUGAAUGUUGGUUGAUGGUCAAUGGAAAAAAAAUGAUGUCUUCACCACACAUAAAUGCCUUUGUUACUUUAUCAGAUCAUAUUUGGCUAUUUUAUGUGCUUUCUCAAUACUACAAGGAUGAUGAGGACGACAUAAAGGAAUGUGAAGCAAAUGAAUUCAAUCAGAUUGGUAUUAAAAUUGAAGCUGGUUCAGUCUUGGAGGUGAAGGAAUGCGGUUUCCGUAUGGUAUACAAGAAAGACAUAGAAGAUCUCAACCAAACUAUGGCUCAGAGUAGCAACACCAGCAUCAUUCCUUAUGAGGACUUAGGUGUUCUCCAUCACAAUUUUGACAAUUCGGUAGUGGUAGCGGAAGGCAACAAAGCAAAGCGAACCCGUGAUGAUUAUGAUGGGGUUGGACCUAGUGGAGAUGGAAGCUCUAAUGAUUUGCCACACCUAAAAAGGAUUGAAAGGCUUGCAGAAUUUAACAACCAUGGUAACUCUGAUUGUGCUGAGUCAAGUGAGUACAAGGAUUGAAGUGAUUAGUUUAGUGAUUGGUGGUAAUCUAGUGAAACUGAAUUGGAAUGUUGAUGGAAUUUGAAGGGUUCAAAUACUCUGAUUAUUGGACUUGUUCAUAAGGAGAAACCAUCACAUAGCCAAGAGACAAGAAGACCUGAGCAGUCCAUUGUAUGCUUCUAAUUUUCACUUACUCUAAUAGAUUACAGGGUAAAAUCUGCACUUUUGUUGCCUAUAUAAUUCAUCUUUUUAAAAUUUUUUCAAAGUUUAAAAACAAUAUAUGUAUGCCACUUCAAACAUUAUAAUCAGAAUUAAGUAUUAUGUUGUUACAUAUUGUAUAUGAGAACUCGUGUAUAGAUCACAAUCAGAAUGAUUAGUCUAACUAGAUGUAGCAUCAAGCUUCCUCGCUAAAGGUUUCCUACGGUUGUGUACCAAUAACCUUCAACCAAAAAAACUUUUCUUUUUGUUUGGUUUAAGAGAAUGGAUAAGUUUUCUAUUAUUGUUUUUUUCUUUUUAUUUUUUUUGCUCUGAAAUUUUUAUUAUCUUAAUGUAGGAUAACAAUUUUAGAAGUUAUUAAAAUGAUUUAUAUUAGCAUGUUUGAGGACUUUGUUAAUGUAAUUCUCAUAAUGUAACAAACUUUACAAUUACGCUUAGUGAAUGUUCAAAAUUUAACUUUCUUUUUAUGAGGAAAUGUAAAUAUGCAAAAUUUCCCUUUUGACCAAAUCAUUCAAAAUAGUUCAUGUAUUGGUGUUACUAUACAAAAUAGUGAAGGCUUGGUGAUUGCGUUUGGCGAUUGCGUCUCUAGCUCAAAGGUUGAAACAAGCAUACAAAGCUGUUGAAAUUGAAGCUAUGGCUGCGAUUCGUGCCUUGGAAUUUGCAGCAGAGAUCGGCCUGGACAGAGUUGUGGUAGAGGGGGAUUCCGAGAUAGUAACACAAGCUUUGAAGAGUAAAGAUACAGGUGUUGUAUUACAUAUAACCCAGAAAUCGUCUUUAUUAAGAAGGGAAGAGAGCAAGAUGUCUCCUCAGUAAUACAAAACCAUAUCAACCCCUGAAAGAGGCCACAAAAAAUAAAUAUACAUGAAUCCCACAACCUAAGGGAACUCUUAUAAUAAAUGAAGAAUACAAUAAUAAUCAUCAUUAAUCAAGAAUAGGUAAGAAUGUGGUGCUGCAAAAGGCAGGUUUACAAAUGAGAAGAUCAGUACGCUGUGAAGGUUGAAGCAACUGUUGCAGCACAUGUAAGGAAGAAGAGAUGAGAAAUUGACAACUUGAUGGAACUUCCAGCUGAUGUACUACCUUCUGUUGAUGGCACGGUUUUAGAUCCACUUCCUACAAAAGUGAACAUCAACACCAAUGAGCAAAUUAAGAAAACAAAUAAAUACAAUGAUAUUUCAUUGAUGAGUAUAAAUUUAAUAGAACUUGUUCAAUGUCACUUAUUUCUUAAGGUUCUUUGUAAGGAUUGAACUUUUUGAACAUAGAAUAUGGUUUGUGUAAGUCAAAAUUUGAUUGAUCAUGAUAAUUUUUCACAAUUGAACAAAUGAUGAAGCAGUUUGUACCUGAAGGAACUGAAUCCGAAGAUGUUGGUGAUCCUGCAGGAGAGUUAGAUGGUGAAGCAGCUGCUGAUAUUCAAAAGCUACUGAGAGGUGGGGUCUGAACAUUACAAGCACCAGGCAAAGCUAGAGCCUGAGUUUGGUUGAUGUUGAUCCCCAAUGAUGAGCUACCUCCAUUAAGGACUUGGCACAAGCAUUGUGGUUGUGAGCGGACUACACUAGCAAGCUGUGAGCAGCAGCCUGAAGAUGGUGUUGAGGUGUUGCCAGUAAUGUAGUUGAGGCAUGGUGACAUACUGAUGAUCACAUUUGUACAACUCGACUGAGCUGAAGCUCCUGCCCAGAGCAUAGUCACCAAGACUAGGACCAGACCCAUCUCCAUUUUUGUAUAAGCCAUUGGAAUUGGAUGCUCUCAAAUUCAAAUAUAAGCUGGAAAUGCCUGUGGAUUUCUGUGAUCUUGAAGCACUUAACUGACUUAACUUUUGAUUAGUUUGGUGGAGAAGGGGAAAGAUGUAUAGGAUUUUGUAGGGAAAUCAAUCAAGAUAGAGACAAAUGAAUGAUGGGUUAUGUGGCUCAACAACUUAUCCUACUUUCUAACAGGUUUCUAACGUGUGGUACUUGGCAUUUGGCAUGCUUAAAAGUCUCUGUUUAGACCUGGAGACUUGGAAUCUUCUUCUGUAGUUUAGCUUUAGGAAGAAAAUAUUAAUUUUUGAAGUUAGGUUA